CGAAAAUGGCCUUUCGUCGCCCAAGAAAUUACGAAAAUGCCAUCCGAAAAUAAAUUGGCACAAAUCGAUGCUUAACGGACUUAUCAUCCGUGGAGAAUAGGAUCAAUUGACUACAUUAUCGAUGGAGAAUAACCUCAGCCUGAUUCCGUGAUCUGUAGCCUCCAGAAUCGAAAGAAAAUGACAUUUCGGAUAUAUCGCCCGAAAUCUGUGAUGGUACCCCUUUGGAAUCUGCCAAAAAUUGACCCGGAAUAAAUCCGCCCAAAUCGGUGCUUAAUGGACUCAAUCAUUGUUGGUGAAUAGCCUCAGACUGAAUCCGUGAUAUGUAGCCUUCAAUAUCCAAUGAAAAUGGCCUUUCGUCGCCCAAGAAUUUACGAAAAUGACAUCCGAAAAUAAAUUGGCCCAAAUCGAUGCUUAACGGACUUAUCAUCCGUGGAGAAUAGGAUCAAUAGACUUCAUUAUCGAUGGAGAAUAGCCUCGGCCUGAUUCCGUGAUCUGUAGCCUCCAGAAUCGAAAGAAAAUGGCAUUUCGUAUAAAUCGCCCGAAAUCUGUGAUGGUACCCCUUUGGAAUCUGCAAAAAAUUGACCCGGAAUAAAUCCGCCCAAAUCGGUGCUUAAUGGACUCAAUCAUCGAUGGAGAAUAGCCUCAGGCCGAAUCCGUGAUCUGUAGCCUUUAAUAUCCAAAGAAAAUGGCCUUUCGUCGCCCAAGAAAUUAUGAAAAUGCCAUCCGAAAAUAAAUUGGCCCAAAUCGAUACUUAACGGACUUAUCAUCCGUGGAGAAUAGGAUCAAUAGACUUCAUUAUCGGUGGAGAAUAGCCUCGGCCUGAUUCCGUGAUCUGUAGCCUCCAGAAUCGAAAGAAAAUGGCAUUUCGGAUAAAUCACCCAAAAUCUGUGAUGGAACCCCUUUGGAAUCUCCCAAAAAUUGACCCGGAAUAAAUCCGCCCAAAUCGGUGCUUAAUGGACUCAAUCAUCGCUGGAGAAUAGCCUCAGACCGAAUCCGUGAUCUGUAGCCUUCAAUAUCCAAAGAAAAUGGCCUUUUGACUCGACUCUACUGUCACUCCAGGAAUUGGCCAAGUGAAACCACUUCCUAAAGCGUAGUAUAGCGGGUUUGGGUUUAAUUAUCAACCCGGGUCCUAGAUAUGAUGACUACUCAGUGAAUUCGUGUUAUCUAGCAAUGAAACUGGAAUGCAAGUCUAAACUACCAAACAGACAAAGCAAGUAAACUGUUGUAUUCAGGUUAAAGAGGUCACCCGGAUAUGGUUCCCCCUAGACUGCAGUUAAGCCGGAUUGUAAUUACCAAGUUCAGUUUCUAUGACAGUUAUACUGCGGAAGGGUCUUAAACAGCCUGAAGUCUCGUCUAAAGGUCUUCAGACCCUCUCAAUCUGACUCUCUAGCGGGCGACUAACCUCCACCGGAGUCGACAGAUUGAGGCCCUAAGAACAAAACCUCCACUACCGGAGUAAAUCCGGUACAGAAUAGUGAGUUGGCUCCUCGACUAAAGUCACCAACUCCCUACCUUCAAUCAAGGAUACUCUAUUAACCUAGGCAGAUAUUCUCAUUCUAGGUUAAAGCAGAAACAACAGGAAUUUGAUCAGGAUUCAAGUCAUUCAAUCAUUAAAACCUCAAUCGAAUAUAAUCAAUCACAGAAUCAGUACUUGGGUUCAUACAAUCAAAGCCUAACAUACAAAUCUAGGGUUCUCCAUACCCAGAUGAAUGGGAGAACUACUCCAUAGAGAAGGAAGCAAAAGCAGAAACAGACACGGAAUUCAUACUGCGAAGGACGGAUUCCGGCUCCUGGACGUUGAUCGGCACUUCUCCAAGCUCAAACUGGCCUCCAAUGGUGUUGAAGAUCAAUCUAGGGCACUUGGGAACUCUUGCUCGUCACUUUCUCUCUCUAGAAGUCGUUCUUUCUCUCAAAAACUCGAAUCCCCCUUCUGUUUGGCUGAAAAUCUGCUUAAAAAGGCAUCAGCCAAAGCACGGUCGAGGGCACGGCCGUGUAAUGCCUCAGCCCGCCCGUGCUUUGGCUAGUGUUAAUUACACUAGCAGCAGUGGGGAGAAACACGGCCGUGCUUCGCUUUGGACACGGCCGUGUAAUGCUUGAACACGCCCGUGCUUUGUUUUGGCCCUGCCCGUGUAAUCAGCUCAGCUCUCGGCAUAAAAAGCACGGCCACCAGAACACGGCCGUGUAAUGAUUUAGGUGUGCCUGUGUUUUGGCUCCAGCUCACCGAAAUGACUUCCGAAUGCCCCGAAACUCGCGCUUAGCCUUCCCUUUGACACCUGGGACCUGAAACAUGACAAAAUAGCACAACCCGGCGUAAAAUAGGCCACAACACACGAAUAUGCCCCUCAAACGGAUAAGAACUAGGGGCGCAAAUAUGUGCAAUUACAUCGUUAUCAAACUCCCCCACACUUAACCGUUUGCUUGUCCCCAAGCAAACCUAACUCAAACCAAUGCAACUCUCCAGACCUCUAUAGCAACAAACAAUCCAGAUCGUAGGUAGAGGACUUUCUAGAUCAUUUAGCAACUUACGAGGUCAACCGACGCACAAGUCAUCUCAAAACUUCUUAUCGAGUCGGCAUCAUGGCAAACAGUGAACAGAGGACAAAUGAAUUGUGGAUGAAGAGAUUCUCAAAAACAAAAGAUCAUGGGCUCACAUUUUUCAAGGUGCUCGAUUUUCUUUGAAGAUGGUUGGAGCCCCUUUUUUUUCCUGUUUUGCUUGUUUUCUGUUAUUUUUCUUUUCUUUUUUUUUUCUUUUCAAGGGUCCCAACCUGCUCUUACCGGCCAUGCCAGGAGCGGAUGUCUCGAGCCUCGUGCGGGGUAAAGACAUGUAAGGGGGCUGGAGGUAGUAGGUGGAAAUUGGGAACAGAUUCCCGUCUCCCCUUACACACUUUCGCCCUAUUCGCACGGGAGACGUUAUUUUGAAGCACAUUUUCGAGCACCUGUUAAACUCAAAACAUGAUACAAGAGUCCAUGACAGGUAGAGAAUCCACAACACCACACAAUUCACGGGUCCUAAGAUCACUAAUUCACUCAAUCAACCAACUCAAUAUGAAGAAGAAAUGAGACUUCUUAAAUGCAUCAACAUCCUCCAUAGUGCUACACUACCUCCCUAGGUUGCAUAUUACUAUAAAGACUGUCAAUUCAAAGCAUACUGAGCAGGCAAUUGCAAGGAAACACGUACUUGGAGCCCUCAAAUUUAAAAAUUUGGACAGUGGACUAGGCUCCAAGCACACAAACAGAUCUAAUGCAGUCAAAAGAUAAACACCCCCCCACACUUAAGAUCGACAUUGCCCUCAAUGGAGAAGAGGGAAGGAAAAGGGAAAGAUGUUACCGGUAUGCACGGGCUGCAGGGGGAUAAAUCGCCCGAAAUCUGUGAUGGUACCCCUUUGGAAUCUGCAAAAAAUUGACCCGGAAUAAAUCCGCCCAAAUUGGUGCUUAAUGGACUCAGUCAUCGCUGGAGAAUAGCCUCAGGCCGAAUCCGUGAUCUGUAGCCUUUAAUAUCCAAAGAAAAUGGCCUUUCGUCGCCCAAGAAAUUAUGAAAAUGCCA